AUGUCUUCUGGAAAACGAAUCUCAGUCUCCAUUCAACCCCUCAAUUACGCCGAUGUCCCCGCCUGCGCCCGCAUCACCUCAUCGGCCUUCUCCGUAGACCCGCACACAAUCGUCAAGAAUCUAGGGCGCGAGCCCUACGAUAUGUACGACAUAUCCAGCACCAACUUUCUCGACACCCUCCACAAGAAAACGUACAUCUACGUCAAAGCCGUUGAUGAUGAGACCGGCGAAAUCGUCGGACACGCUGGAUGGGCGUUUAGGGGUGUGGAUCAGGCGCUAAUUCCAUGGAGCGGGCCCGGGGACGCGAAGCCGGCGGGAGUAGAGCGGGAGCAAGGUCAAGGCCAAGUUAAGAAUGACGAGCCGAAGGAUGUAGAUAAGAAGGAGGGUAAAGAGGGGGAUUCAAUCGAUCGUCUCCACGCCCUCGAAGAUGCAGAUAUGCAAUUCUGGAUAACCAAACUAGUUCCUGCUGACAAGCCCUGCAUGUUCGUUGUCGGUCUCAUCGUGUCGCCCGCCUUCCAAUCCCAGGGUGUGGGCGGCGCCCUUAUGCGACAUGGUAAUGCUAUCGCGGAUGACUUGGGUCUUUCGAUAUGGGUGCACUCGUCGCAUCAAGCCUAUGAGGCUUAUAAGAAAUUCGGGUUCGAAGCUGUGAGGGAGCUCGAUAUAGACUUAGACGAGUAUGCACCGAGGGGGCCGCAAGAUGGAGAGGAAGUUAUGGGGGAUAGGGGGAGUGGUAAGUGGGGGAGAUAUGUUAUUCGAUACAUGGAGAGGAAGCCAAAGAAACAGGGCAAUUCCAGUUGA